AGGCGUUGGUGAUAAACCGAAAAAUUGCGUUUCAGAGUUUCAGGCCACAGAAUAGAUACCUAGAAGACGGGCCUGCCAUUCCACUCGUUCCAGUUGUGUCGUGGGCUGACAGGGCAUCGCAGAUAUCGAGUACAAACAACCAUCUCAAAAAUAAUAUAUUUUUACAGUAAUAUCCAUACUGCGUUGUACUUGCUCAGACUACCACGACCGUCAACUGGGGACCGAGUGGCGAGUACCGAUCAAUCGUCAAGAGCCGUUCGGACUUCUCUAGUGUGCCGCCAUCACCGUCAUUAUCGGUUUGUUUUUAUUGAAAAUUGAAAGUUACCAUUUAUUAUGUCGACUCCUGCCAGACGUAGACUCAUGCGAGACUUUAAAAAAUUACAAGAAGAUCCACCUGCAGGGAUCAGUGGCACACCAACUGAUAACAACAUUAUGCUGUGGAAAGCUGUGAUAUUUGGACCCCAUGAUACUCCAUUUGAAGAUGGCACAUUUAAGUUGACAAUAGAAUUUACAGAAGAAUAUCCUAAUAAACCCCCAACAGUUAGAUUUGUUUCAAAAAUGUUUCAUCCUAAUGUUUAUGCAGAUGGAGGAAUUUGUCUUGAUAUAUUACAGAAUCGUUGGAGCCCCACCUAUGAUGUAGCUGCUAUUUUGACAUCUAUACAAUCACUUCUUAGUGAUCCAAAUCCUAACUCACCAGCUAAUUCUAUGGCUGCCCAAUUAUAUAAAGAGAAUCGCAGAGAAUAUGAGAAACGUGUAAAGAUGUGUGUGGAGCAAAGUUUUAUUGAUUAGAAUUUAUUAAUUAUAUUUUUUAAUCAUACAUAAAAAAAAACAAUUAGUGUGCUACUAGUUAUUAUAAACUUAAUAAUUGAAUGUUUAUCAUGAUUAUUACUAUUAUUCCAGUGCAUCAGAAGAAUAAUUUCAUGUGAAAUUUUUUUUUUUUGCAUAAUUGUAUGUUAAUUGAAUUAUUAUUUUUUUUAAGGUAUAUAUUAUUGACACACAAGUGAAGUUAAAAUAUUAUAACUAAUUUAAAUGUUUUUUAAUGAUUAACUUUAUAAUCAUAGCUUAUUCCAGAAACAUUUUUUAUUUGUAUUUUACAUUUUGAAUUUGUAUAUUUUUUCUAUUUACUUUUAUAAGUUAUACUUUAUAUCAAAAUGUAUUUGUACUUUUUUUUGCUUUUAUUAUUGUAAAAUGUAUUAUUAUUUUUUUAUCCAUUAUACCUAUAAUUAUUGAAAACAUGUCCAAGUUAGAUGCAUAAUAUUAUUGAUCACCUAAACAGUGGUGAGUGGUGAUAUUACAUAGAAUAUACAUACUUGAAUUAAUAAAAUAAAUACUAAAAUAGCUCA